UGUUGCUAGGCGGAACUCGGACUCAGUUGCCUAGGUAGCCUAACCUAAGCUGCGGCCUGCAAGUUUUUCCAGAGCCCGAGGGGAAGCCGCGGGCGCCGCCGGGGAUGCUGCAUCUUAGGGGCGGUUGCGUGCUGUUAUGGAGGGCGAUAAGAGAAGAACCAAAGAUGACACUUGGAAAUCAGAUGAACUAAAGAAGCAUCUUAAGGUGUCUCGAUCAGAUAGUCAGUCUGAAGACGGGAGACAUCGGCAGAGGAAAUCACGAGAGGGUGACAGCAAUGAUGCUGAUGACUUGCCAAAGGAUCAGGAGAAGGUCAGAGUGAAAUUGAAAGAAAAAGCAGGAGAAAAAGUAAAACUUACUAAAUCGAGUGACGUAAGACAUAAGAAUGAAAGGAAAGAGAGAAGAGAAAACGAUCAUCCCAGAGAACACGAGAGAGAGAAAGUUAAGCUAAAACAUGUCCAAGAAGAAAAACAUAACACUGGGAAAAGUGGUGAGAGACACAGCGGCAAAGGAGAGAGGAAGCAUAAGAAAGAUGACCCCAAUCAAACACUGAUGGAAAAUGCUAUGGAGGCUUUGGGGGAAAGAGAUAAAGAACAUUAUAGAAGAAGAGACAGCAAGGAUCAUGCAGAUCCCCCAAAAGUAAAAGAUGAAGAAAGAGAAAGAAAACACACAGAUAGAAAGAAUGAAGAGAGCAGCGAUACUUUGGGUGAGGUUUCAACACACAAAGGUGAAGAACGUGAACACAGGCACAAGUCACACAAGGAACGGGAACCAGAUAAGGAAAGAAGAAGGCACCGAGAGAAGAAAGAGCAUGAGCUCUUGGCUGUAGAAGGAAAAGAGAAGUUUUUGAAAUUAAGAAGUUUGACAUCUGUCAGGGAUGGGGAAGAAGGGCACACCUCCAGGAAGCAUAAGGAGCAGUCUCACUAUGAAGACAGACACCAUAGGGAGAACAGUGAAAGACAACACAGAGAAGAAAACGAAAAGAAGAAGAAAGACCACAAGCUCCGUGAACAUAAAAGCCAAGGCAAGAGCUCAAGGCAUGAAGCUGAAGCAGGCCAUCCACGUGAAAGUGGUACAAAAGAAAAAGUAAAGAGCCAUGUCAAGAGUGAAAAAGAGGCUACAAAACGAGAACGCCACAAAAGUAACAACCUGUCAGCUGUGGGAUCCAAUCGGCAAAGGCUAUCAAAUGAAGAAAGUGGCAAUAAACCAAAUAAGGACACACCUUAUCCAGAUGCAAAUUAUGAUAAUGAUUCUGUGAACUAUGAAGAUGAUUUUGAGGAUUAUGAAGAUGAUUUUGAUGACAUAGAUGAUGAGGAUGAAGAUGAAGGUGGAGAUAGCCAAGAGCAAGAAAAGGAAGAAAGGGAAACAAAAGAAAAAGUAAGAAAAAUUCCAGUAGCCAAGAGCGCAGAAAUAGAAGCAAUUCAAAAAGCAAUUAAUGCUGAAAAUGAAAUGAUUGAGACCUUCCUCCCAAAACAAAGAGAGAAUCGAAAAGGAAGGGAAAAGGAACUGAAAAUAGAAAGGCAAGAGUCACCUGCUCGAAGUCCUGUUUCUGGAAAGUUCAUUGAUUUCCAAACUGCCAAACAGCGGCAAAGUAUCAGAAAGAUUGCCAGUGAGCAGAAGAAACGUAGCAUUGAACUGCUCCGGCUUAUUGACCUGGACUUUUCAGUCACCUUCUGUUUGCUGGAUUUGCCUCCAGUGAAUGAAUAUGACAUGUAUAUCCGGAACUUCGGGAAAAUAAAUACCAAGCAGGCCUAUGUACAGUGGAAUGAAGAUAACCUGGACAGGGAUGUUCAGACUGAUGAAAUAGAGACUCAAGAAAAAUGGACCCAACAUCCUGGAGAAACUGCCCUUGUGUCUGGAGGUCCAAAAAGCAGCAGUGAUAUAUCUUCCCUUACCCCAAAGAUUGAUUCCCAGAGAUUGGCAAGUUUUCUGAGAUCCGCUUGUCAGGUUAUUGAAGUUCUGCUUGAGGAAGAUCAAGUAGCAACACAGCCCCGGCGGAAUCUGAGAUCACGACCAUCCAGUCUGUCUAUUAGUGACAGGUGCUUCCAGUUAAACACCAAUCUUCCUUUCUUGAAUGGUCGAAGGGUGUCCUGUUUGCACAUCUCGCAGGGUCAGAGGCAAGCUCUGCUUUCUGUUCAUGGGUUUCCUGAGAAGUCAAAUGGCUUACCACUGGACAGCAAAUACAUCAUUUGUGUGUGGAAUGUCUGGCAACCUUCUAGUCCUCAGAAAUUAUUGUUUUGUGAAUCUCAGGUGACAUGCUGCUGCUUUAGUCCUAGUAAGGCCACUUUAGUGUUUGCUGGAACAAUUGAUGGUUCAGUGCUGGUAUGGGAUCUCAGAGAAGACUCAAGAUUGCACCACUGCAUGAAGGUCAAUGAAACAGAUUGGACAUUUCGAUCUCCAACAUUUUCUACCGAUGGAGUAUUUGCCUCAGUAAACCACACAUGUUCUGUGCUGACAGUCGAACCUGUCUCAACAUCUGUCUUCAAGGAGCAGAAUUGUGGACUUUCCUACCUCUCAUCUCAGGAAGAAAUGUUAGGACUUUCAUUUCAGAUUGCCUCUAUGGAUGAAAAUGGGACUCUCAGUCUGUGGGUAGUAGUUGAACUUCAAAAGGGGGAUCUGGCAGGCUCACAAAGUGAUUUAGGCUUAAUUCCAGGGGGCAAAAUAAAACUGGUCCAUAGCUCUACAGUUCAGCUGAAUUGCAGAUUUUGUUCAAGGGAUACUGUGCUCAUGAAGGUACCUCAGACACUGAAUAUUAAAUUUCUGCCUUCAAAUCCAAAUCAUUUUGUUGUCGGAACAGACGUUGCUAUAGUGAGCCAUGGUACAAGGCAUGAAUUAAGAAUACCUCCCAGGUGGUUCAAACCACAGCAGGGGGCGCCGAGAUCAAUCAGAAUCAAUGCAAUCGACUUCUCUCCUUUUGGAAAGCCCAUCUUUUUGGUGGGCUGUUCAGAUGGCAGCAUAAGAUUGCACCAAAUGACCUCUGAGCUUCCGCUUAUGCAGUGGAACAACAGCACAAGCGGGCAGCCCAUAAUUUCCCUGCAGUGGGCUCUGACUAGACCAGCCGUCUUCUUUGUUUUGGAUGCCAUGUCUGUCGUUUACAUUUGGGACCUGCUGGAAAACGACUUGGCUCCCGUAGCCAAGCAGCCUAUCUGGUCCGAUAAGGUUAUAACUAUGGCUGUACUGGGCGAGCCUGAAAAACCCAGCGGUCUCCUGGGGAUUGCCCUAGCCAAAGAAUCUGGAACAAUAGACAUAAAGUACGUAAAGAAGAAGUGGGCACUACCUCAGCCAGAGGAAUCUGAGAAAUUAAACCUACUUCUGCAGCAGGCCUUGUAAAAAAAAGAAAGAAAGAUAUGCCUUUCUGUGAAUACACACAUAUAACAACCAUUUGAUUUUAGAUGUAUUUGUUAAUAUUUGGGUUUUAGCUUAACAUCGCUUGAGUAAAACAUAUGAUUUCAUA